AUGGACACCUUUCGUGCUGGACUUGAGGGAAAACGCCUUCCUUCCUCAAAACUACGACUUCCAACCACAAGCAACUUCCUCACACGAUCUAAGAGAAAGCGUCCAGUCGUCUCAGGGCCCAUUGGACCCAUCAAGAACUCCCGAGGCCCCGACUUUGUACGAAGCGACACACUGAUUAUUGUUCCGACUAUCAAAGACUGUUGUUCCGACGACUCAUCGUCUGACAAAGACAACGCUCAAGCUAUAAAGACCACUCGACGCAUCUCUGCCAGCUUCUCGACUCAAGGAUCUCUUACUAGUCCUCCUACCGUUGCUAAAUCUGGACUCAUUGCAACAGUUUCGCAUCAAUCUCUCUUGUCUGCAGCUCCUGUCAAACCUCUACCGACUACCGCAUCUUUUACAAACUUUUCAAGAAAAACACUAGCCAACAGCUCUAGCUAUGGUGUCUAUCCAAGCAUGGACUCUAUCCAAGAUGAAAACGUCCCUCCCCUGGACCACAAAGAAGUAGCUCCUGCCGAGUCUGCUCCUCAGACUAUGAAUAAGAGCCGUCUUCCCAAGUCUCGGACCUUGGCUGUUUUGAGCGAAAUCAAGACUUCUAUUUCUCGAACAUCCAUGAAUACGAAAUCGUCUAGCCCUCGACCUCUUGCUGAUCAAUCCCGCAAGACGUCUGCAUCUUCAACAAGUAGUCUUCUUACUUCCAGUACCUCCCGAAUUUGCUUACCAGGAUCUUCCUUGACUUCUGCAUCUCGAUCUAGUAGCGCAAGCACCACAGUGACCGAGUUGUUGGCGAACCCAAACUCAAUCACCACAUCGCAGCCUUCAGCAUAUUGGUCGGGUCGCUUUGUUUCUCUCCACGACAGUUUCCUCGCCGAAGACUUCAGCAAUGAUGAUGGAGUGUCAUCAGUCUCAUCCGACAACGGCUUCCAGACCUUUGCGAUGAAGACCGACCGCGUUGCUGUUAAUUCUCGUCCAACACAUCUUUCCCACUCUACCACGACAUCGGCUCUAACAACCCUGUCUGGCACGAAGCCGCGCAACAAACCCAGCAAUAAAGAUGCUCGUUGUUUGCGGGUCUUCCAACACCUCGAAAGCCUUUGUACCACAGCUGAGGCACGUCGAUCGUUACUCGCCUGGCAACAGACGUAUGCCCGUCGCAUGAAGAAGCCGCAGCUGCUCCCUCACAGUGGAAGCAUGGAGCACAAGAGUUUGAUGGGAAGGAUCUUUAGCGGCGGCAAAGGCACAAGUUCAGGCGGACGACGGAGCCUACCAGCUGUGAGUGCGCCAUCAGGCCUUCCAGUAUCGAAGAAGCGACCCAGCCUAACUGCUAGGGAACCGGGGAAACGACUCUCCUUCAACUAG